UUUCCUUAGUAUUUUACCUAAUUGCCGGUUCAAUUAAGAUGAUUAGAAGAGGAUUGAAUAGGUAUUUCAGGGGGAUAGUGCUGAACCAGGUUCGAAAUGUUGGAGUUCAUAGUCGAGUAUUAAAUAGUGAUUCAGCUAAUAGUCAUGAUAUAAGUGAAGAAUUAUCUAACUCUAACUUACCACAAGGAACAGGUAGAGGACCGUUUAUAGAGUUACCACAUUUCAAGCCAUUGGGGGUACCUAGUAAUUUGUUGAACAUUACGUUGCCACAAUCAUCGAAUCUUAGUAUUAGAAAUGGGUCGAUUAUUGCAGUCAAUGGAGAAUUGAAUCAAAUGACCUCUGAACAUAAAUUAUUGAGUGCCAAGACCGGGUAUGAAGAGAUCACUACCCACGGAGCGGUAUCGUUGAUUGUUAAUGGGGUUACUAGUCAUCGUAACUAUGAUAUUGAAAAUUAUUCAAUAAUAAAGAUUGAAGAUAAUAAAGAAAGUUGGACUAUAUUGAACGAUGAUAGUUUAAUUGCGUGGAGUGGGUACAAUAUGAAGUUAUCGCCAACGAGAUGGUUGGAUAAGUUCAAUUCUUUCAAGACCGAAGGUAAAGGUAUAAUAGUUGUUAAUGGAUCAAAUCAAUUAUACGAUAUUACAUUGGCAGAAAAUGAAACGUUAUUACUUAAUCCAAAUUCAUUGAUUGCCUCUACCAUGUCAAGUUUUGAAACUGAAAUAUUACGUAGAAAUACUAAGUUUCUUGAAAUAUUACCGAUUUCAUUACAAAAACUUUUAAUGGGAUUCUGGAGUGGUUUAAAAACACCUUUCACGAAAAUGGGAUUACCGCAAUUGAUUUCGACUAAUUUUAAUAAGCUCAGGGUAUCAUUUGAUGAUAAAUUUGAGAAAUUGGUUGACGAUUGGAGUUUCAAGUCGACAUUAUCUACCGGGGCGAAGUAUAUGCAUCGUUUUUUGCAUUCAAUCAGAUUGAGUUUAUUUGCUUUAUUCGCUCGUAAACCAAUUUUUUUCAAAUUCAAGGGCCCAGGUAAGCUUCUUGUCAAUAACGACCGAGUAGUUGCUAAUGAAAGGAUAUUUAGCAAACAGGAAAUUGAAGAUAUUUAUCGUACCAAUAGAGAUUAACUUGUAUAACUAAUAAACACUAUUGUUGCA